GCAUGGCCAGAACCAAGCAGACCGCCCGUAAAUCCACCGGAGGCAAAGCUCCUAGGAAGCAGCUGGCCACCAAGGCAGCCAGGAAGAGCGCUCCGGCUACCGGCGGCGUGAAGAAGCCUCACCGCUACAGGCCCGGUACCGUGGCUCUGAGAGAGAUCCGUCGCUACCAGAAGUCGACGGAGCUGCUGAUCCGCAAGCUGCCCUUCCAGCGUCUGGUCCGAGAGAUCGCUCAGGACUUCAAGACCGACCUGCGCUUCCAGAGCUCCGCCGUCAUGGCUCUGCAGGAGGCCAGCGAGGCCUACCUGGUGGGUCUGUUCGAGGACACCAACCUGUGCGCCGAGAAUCCCUGUUCAUACCAACAUAGCCCAAAGAGCUGA